CAACUAAAGUACCAAAACACAUAUACAAGAAACCAUGAAUCACGUUUUAUCUCUCAUCCUUUCCUUCCUCCUCUUCACUUUCAUCGCAAACAUUCCAUCAAACAACGCUGCUCCUGCUUUUACUCCUUCACAAGUAUUGGACACUGAUGGUAACCCCAUUACCCAUGAUGAAGAAUACUUCAUUUUUCCAGCAAAUGGUAACCCUAAUAGUGGAGGACUAAACCUAAGCCCUCUUUCAGAGUGUCCACUAACUGUAGCACAGUACGGUUUUGAAGUAGGGAUACCAGUUAAGUUCACCAUACCAGAAAGCACCAAUGAUAACAUCUUAACAGCCACUAAUCUUGAGAUUGAGUUCGUCGAGAAACCUGACUGCGCUAAAUCAUCGAAAUGGUUACUGUUUGUUGAUAAUUCUACUAAACAGAAACGUGUUGGUAUUGGUGGUCCUGAAAACUAUAACGGCGUUGAAACAUUCGCUGGCAAGUUUUUGAUAAUGAAAUAUCGAGAUGAAAGUUCUUAUACUCUUGGAUUUUGUUUCGAUAUUGGUGGUGAGUGUGGUCCUCUUGGACUGAAUAAGUUCAAUUCUGAAAAAGGUGUAUCACCUUUGGUUUUGAGGUUUAUCGAUGAUUUUCCUGUGGAAUUCCUUAAGAUUGGUUCUCUUUAUCCUGAUGCGGGUGAUAAAAAUGGUUCUCUUAAUUCUGUUGCUGGUGAUAAAAUUGGUAAUAUGCGUUAGGUUUAGUUAUGUUCUAAUGAAUAAGUGAAGUGAUUUGUAUUAGUUUUUUAAUUAAUACAUAAUUGCACCUUUGCUUUGUUUGCUUUGUUUGCUUUGUUGUAGUUGAACAUGGAUUCAACUUUAUUGUCUUUUCUUUGUUCUUGAUGUUGCUUAAAUUUGGGAGCCCCGUUCAUCAAGCAAAAUACAUACAUAAUAUAGGACUCCCUCUUGAAAAAAAAUAUUUGUAUCAAGUUAUAAUAUCAAGAAAUUAUUAAUAUUAUUUUUCUA